AUGAAGCGAAUGUACAGACUGGGAUUCCUACAGUGUGUCAUCUUGUGCUUGUCGGCCUCAUUGAAUCUCUGCGAGGGAAGCGUGCGCAAGGAGCAUAACAGAGGCGCGAAAAACGCCCAUCACCUGUUCAACUUAUAUCUUAGAGAGGAGGAAUCCAAGCGACUUCUCGGUAUUGACGUUGCCCUGUACUAUGUCAGAGACGGUACCAUGAACGAUUAUGCGCUCAAGUUCCCGGUGCCGGUGCCGGGCAACAUGUCACAGAUGGAGUUCACGUGGCAGAACCUUCGACCACAACAGCCGCUCUCGUAUAAAAUUGAUACUACAACCGAUAACGCUGCCGCUAUGGCGCUGCCAACAUUGGACAUCCCGCUCACCGGUGUGAUGCCCAGCGCUGCGCCGUCGUCGUUCACGGUUCAAUUGUGGUGCACUGGAGUCAAUAACGCGGAAGUUCGGCUGUCGAUCAAUGUGAACAUCAGCAGUGCCGGCGAUAAGGCCCCAACCAACAUUAAGCUUCUGAGGAAAAAAGUCUGCUUUCGAGAUGAAAGGAGCGAUGCGGCAACGCGACUUGCGCCUGUCGCCAAUGAAGAUGAAGAGGAGUAUGAGGACGAAGAGAGCCUUGUUCCCGAAAAUGGAGGAUCUACAGGAUCUCCGAUGGUCAUGGAUGCGUCGACGUCGUCGGAACCCGAUGGUGACGAUCCCAUGGUCCUCUACGCCGUCGCCGGUGCGACGGUCAUGCUCGCCAUGGCAGUCAUGCUUGCCACGGCAGUAUGUUAUAUCAGGACCAAGACCCUACAGACUCUUACACAACAGCAGGGCAACGUGAUAAUACAGGCGGCCGCUGAUAAAUACCUCCAGGAAUGGAUCACGGCUAGUUCUACGCUGCAGCUCAAAACCCCUCAGAGCAGUCGGAUCUACGGCAAUCUCUCAUCCAAUAUCGAUCUCUCGCUGACUCCCUCGAUGGCGCAAAAAUUGAUCCGAGUUCCUGGAAGUCCGGUUGCGUCGACGAUAGCUUCGUACUCCCCGUUCCGGAAAGCCAGUCCGCCUCCAUUAACUCCCUCGCCAGCGCCCCACGGAACCCAUCGAUCGCUCGUCGUAAACUACUCCACCGGGCAAUACAGUACCAUCUACGACACUUACUCGAACAGCGGAAACUCGGUCCUAUCCGAACAGCUCGUAGAAUUGGCGGUUUCCUCGCACCGUUUGAACAUAGUGAAACUCUUGGCAGAAGGAACCUACGGCCGAAUGUACCAGGGACAGUUGAACAACGGGCUGCUGCCGGACUCCGGAUCCCAGCAGGUUCUCAUAAAAACGAUCACUGAUCUCGCCACCAAGGAUCAGAAGGAGGUGUUCAUGCAGGAAGGCAUGACGAUGAUCGGUAUGGACCACGCUAACGUGCUCAGCCUCCUCGGGACCUGUCUGGACGCCGCCAACGGCCAACCGAUCCUGAUAUUCUCUUAUCCUAACAAGAUCCAUUUGAUCACUUUCUUGCGGGCCUGCAACAAGUUCGCGAAGCAGACGCUCGACGCACGGUGUCUUACCACUCAGAAUCACAUUGAUAUGGCGGUGCAAAUCGCCGAGGGACUGGCUUUUCUGCACCGCCGCUUCUUUCUCCAUAAAGACAUUGCAGCACGGAACUGCAUGGUCGACGAUCGGCUGCAUGUGAAACUGGCCGAUAACGCUCUGGCUCGAGAUUUCUUCUCCGAGGACUAUCAUUGGCUCGAUGAUAGCAAUCGUGAUCACGAGCAGGAGAGACGGCCGGUGAAAUGGUUGGCUCUGGAAUCUUUGCAAAAACGAGAAUUCACGCCUGCGUCCGAUCUGUGGAUGCUAGGUGUCACCCUGUGGGAAUUGCUCACGCUGGGCCAGCCCCCCUUCCCCGAUAUCGAGCCUCAGAAAAUGGCAACCUGCCUCAAUAGCGGUUACAGACUGCCUCAACCUGCCAACUGUCCCGAUGAACUAUACAACGUGAUGUUCCGCUGCUGGACGACGUGUCCCGGAGAACGGCUCACAUUGCCACAAAUGAUUCGGGACUUGGCGAAUUUAUACAAUCAGCUUGACAAUUUCGUAUGA